GCUCCCCUCUCUCUCUCUCUCUCUCUCCCCCUCCCGUGUCCAAAGCCCCGCAAACCCUCGCGGCGACCUCACCUCACCCGCCCUGCCCUAGCUCAAAGCUCCCCGCCCCGGCCGCCGCUGGCGCCGCCGGGCGAUGGAUCUCCGCCGGCCGCCGCGCUCGUCGUCGGGGGGCGUGGAGCCCAAGAUCCGGCAGGUGGGGUUCGUCACCCCCGACGCCUCCUCCUCGGCCCCGCCCGCCGAGCCCCCCGCCGCCGCCGCUGCAGCGGUCGCGGCGGCUGCUGCUGCCGCCUCCUCGGCGGCGGCCGCGGCGGCGCAGGCGCAGGCGUCCUCCGAGGGGUCCCCCCCGGCGUCCGAGCUCUCCCCGGGCUCGCUCUCCCCCGUCAUGAUCCCGCCCCCGCGCCACGCCGACCACCUCGCCCCAGGCUCGCCCUCCCCCGCGGCGUCCCCCUCCGAGCUGGGCGACGACGAGUCCUGGUCGCGGGCGCCUUCUGCCGCCGAGCUCGAAUCAAACAAUAACGAUUUGGCUGAAAUACGGAAUGACAAUGUUCCAGCUUCAAUUCCACAAAAGCAGAAAACUUCUAAAGCAGAGAGGCGUGCUAUUCAGGAAGCUCAGCGUGCUGCUAAAGCUGCUGCCAAGGAGGCAGGGUUAUCAGGAAAGUCUGCAGGCACUGGUUCAGGGGCUAAUCCUGCAAUGCCCAAGCAAGCCAAAUCAUCAAAAGUUUCUCAGAAGAAAGAUGUGCCCCAAGCUGCAUCUACUGCUGCUUCUGAGAAGAAGGUUACUGAACGUCCUUCAGAAAGAGAUAGGAAGAAAGAUGCGCCUCACCCUCGUAUGCAGUUUGAUGAUGUGCACCGGGUGGAGAAAGCAAAAAAACGUGCAAUUGUAAAUCAAUCUGAAGCAAGAAACAGAGUUGAAUUGUUUAGGCACUUGCCUCAGUAUGUGCAUGGCACUCAACUUCCUGGCCUUGAAUCAAAGUUUUUUCAACUUGAACCAAUGCAUCCUUCUGUGUACAAGGUUGGGCUCCAAUAUUUGUCUGGUGAGGUUUCUGGUGGAAAUGGUCGUUGUAUAGCAAUGCUUCUUGCAUUCCAAGUGGCAAUAAAAGAUUACUCUACACCUCCCAAAAAAACUCUGAGUAGAGAUCUUACAGCGAAAAUCAGCAGUUAUGUGUCGUUUCUUAUUGAGUGCAGGCCUCUGUCAAUUAGCAUGGGCAAUGCUAUUAGGUUUUUAAAGAACAGGAUUGCCAAGCUACCACUCACAUUGUCAGAAUCAGAAGCCAAAGCCAGUCUUCAAUCUGAUAUUGAUCGAUUCAUUAAUGAAAAAAUAGUUGUGGCAGAUAAGGUUAUUGUCAGUCAUGCUAUCACAAAAGUCAGAGACAAUGAUGUCUUGCUGACAUAUGGGUCAUCGUCAGUUGUUGAAAUGAUUCUGGAUCAUGCUCAUGAACUUGGGAGGAAGUUCCGUGUUAUAGUGGUAGAUUCUCGUCCCAAGCUUGAGGGACAAGGAUUACUACGUAGAUUAGUGGAAAAGGGCAUCAACUGCACGUAUACACAUAUUAAUGCCAUCUCAUACAUCAUGCAUGAAGUUACAAGAGUUUUCUUGGGUGCCUCCUCAAUACUAUCAAAUGGAACAGUUUAUUCUAGAGUCGGGACAGCAUCUGUGGCAAUGGUUGCACAUGCAUUUGGAAUUCCUGUUCUUGUGUGCUGUGAGGCAUACAAAUUUCAUGAGAGGGUGCAACUUGAUUCUAUAUGUGCUAAUGAGCUUGGUGAUCCAGAUGUCAUUUUGAAAGUUCCUGGGAAGGCAGAUUUGGGCCAUCUUAAGAACUUGGCAGACAAUGAAAAUCUCCAACUGUUAAAUCUUACGUAUGAUGCCACCCCUUCUGACUAUGUGUCGAUGAUCAUAACAGAUUAUGGAAUGCUUCCACCCACAAGUGUACCUGUCAUUGUGAGAGAGUAUCGCAAAGAACAGCUGUGGAUAUAGAUGUACUGCAUUAUGACAACAAUUUUGGUAACUGUUGUUGGCUUGCUGCCCAAAGUGCGGGAUGCGUGAAACAUGUACUUCUGUUUGAGAGCUCUCAGCCGCCAAACCUUUUUUCUUUUGAGCUUAUCAAUUUGUUUGCCACAAGAUGGUCCAAUUUUGAUAUCACCAUGGCUCCGUCUAUGAAGAUUGCACUCUGGCACCUCUAGAGGGGUUAUGUUGGUGGUAGUCAUCAAACGUUGUGAUGCAACUAUGCUCGUACCUAUGUCUUCCUGAGCCUCCUCUGGUCAUGCGCGUGAUAGUAACUGGGACCUGAGAUGAAUUCGAAGCUAUAUUUGUAACAGUAUUCACCUGUCCAAUACAUCAUGUAGAUUGGGG